AGAAAAUUCCCAUCAGCUCUUCACUUCUUCAACCACUGCAAUUUGUCCAGAGAUUAAUAUAACAGAGACGGGAGAAAAGGGACGGGAAUGAAAUCGGCAUUUCGAACCGCGUGCUUCAUUACACGCUCCGCUAGCUUCUUAAACCCUAAACCCAAUUGUCUUCCCAUUUCCCGCCCUCUCAGUCCCGCAAUCACUACGCCUGCGGCCCUUCCCCUUCCCCUGGUAAUCGCUUCUUCUUCCUCCCUCACUCAGCCAUUUCGCCCAUUCUGCUUGUCUGCCUCCAUGGCCGGCGCCGGUGCCGAUGCGGGCAACUCGUUGUCCUCCCUUGAAAGCCAGUUCAAGGGUUUCCGCAGCCAGCUGGAAGAGUCGGGCUCCUUGCGCGACAGGAUUCGGACGGUGGUGAGUGAUAUUGAGUCCACUACUCGGGUCAUGCAAGCGAAUCUCCUCCUUGUUCAUCAGUCUCGCCCGGUCCAAGAUAUUUUGGAAGAAGCGAAGGCUCAAAUUGUCAAGCUGGGGGAUCUCUACAAGCAACUUGCUGAAAUUGUUCGGGAAGUCCCUGGACAAUAUUACAGGCGAGACCUCUGCCUCGUACAACUACUGAAUGGUUCAGAGUUUGGUUUGGACGUUGAGGACUAUCUUGUAGGUAUUUGCUUCAUGUCCAAUGAGAUGCCUAGGUAUGUAGUGAACCAAGUGACGGCUGGGAACUAUGAUUGUCCAAGAAAAGUGAUGAAGUUCCUCACAGACCUCCAUGCAGCUUUCCGAAUGCUCAAUCUCCGCAACGACUUCCUUCGCAAGAAGUUUGAUGGAAUGAAGUACGACUUGAGGAGAGUUGAGGAAGUUUACUAUGAUGUCAAGAUUCGCGGCUUCGAUGAUUUCUUGUUCAAAACCGUGAACUCCAGCUCAGGAUCAUCGGAUAAAAUGGAUAUCAAGUCACGGUUUGAUGCAUUUGGAUAUACGAAAUCUCCGCAGGGAAAAGAUGAUGAUUUCUUGGCUCCUGCAUCACGAGGAGAAGCGGGUGAUUUCUGGCCCAUGCUUGCUGAACCUAAAGCAGAGAAUCGGUCUGUGGAUGGCUUCGUAUGGUAUGAUAACAAGAGUUCUUGGAGUUGGACCGAAUCCGAAAUUGAUGAAUUCCUGCAGGCCUUAGAGUAUAACCCAAAAGGUGGGCUGGGUUACAGCGGAGCCGAAGCACAAGAUAUUGUAGAGCUUGAAGCUCUAGAUGAACUGCUCGGUGGCAUUUAUGAAGUGGAUAGUUUUUUCGAAGCGAACAAGUCCUCCACUAAAUGUGAAGAAAGUCAAUCUCCUGGGCUUAGCUCUCGUAGCAAUGGUGAUGCUGCAAGAGCAGCUGUUCUUGGGUCGGCAGAGUCAGCAAGAGCAGCUGUUCUUGAAGCUCAAUGCAACAAUGAUCCUAAGAAUCUCAAUCAGAUGGACUCAAAGCCCUCAAAUAUUGAUUCAUCAGAUGACCUCAAUACCCCAUCCGAGUCUGAAGAUGACUUCAAGGAGAAACAAAGAUCUAAGAGGUGCAGCGUUAGAAGGAAGAAUCACACAAUGUGGACUACAGAGGAGGUGCGUAAACUGGUUGAUGGAGUUGCACAGUUGGGAACUGGGAGAUGGACCGACAUAAAGAAGUUGCAUUUCCCAUCAUCUUCUCAUCGCACGCCUAUGGAUCUCAGGGACAAAUGGCGAAAUCUUCUACGAACCGCCUGUGCCGAGCAUGAUCUCAAACAUAAGAGACGAAACAAAAGGGUUGGCGAAGAGAAGAAGGCGGGCAUAGGUGGGGUGACGGAACCUCUGCUGCUACGAGUCUCGGAACUGGCCAGCAUUCAUCCCUACCCGAGGAUUGUACGAGGUGGGAUGUAUAUGAGGAACAAGGACUGAUCUUUAACCAACCAAAUGUUAGUUCAUCAAAGUAAGCUGUGAAGCAAAAACAAAAGAAUCUAGUAUACCAAACGGGCUAUUACUGAUUUCUGGCUAGGUAGGUAGUUUUUGUUUAGGGCAUGGUCGGUGUAUAGAACAAGAACAGUAUUGUUCUUCGGAAACUUACAGAGUACCGGCCGGGUUGGACAGAGGCUAAACGUGUAGGGUUAACUGUGGGGAUUGUGUUAGAUUUUGAACUGUAAAAAGUAGCUUGGUUUUUUGCGGAUCAAACAGUGUGUUGUUGCUAGCUUAUACAUAUGGAAUUAGAUCAAUAUCGACUAACUUUGGCUCAUGGUUCUUGAUAUCAUAUCAAAGAUCCUAUGAGAAGGUUAGCAGAAGCCAGAAUGAGUACGAGAGAAGUAAGCGAAUGAAAUUUAAUUUUGCGAUUUUAAAAUCAGACGACGGAAAUGUGUACAA